UCUCUGGCCAUCAAAAAGCCUCUGACGCGAAAACGAAAGCUGCGCAUCUAUAUUUCCAAUACGUUCAGUCCCAGCAAGGCAGAAGGUGUUACUGCGGGCACCGCGGGGCCCCCUGGGGGAACCCCUGCAGGGGACAAGGUGGCUUCCUGGGAACUCCGAGUGGAGGGAAAACUGCUGGAUGAUCCUAGCAAACAGAAGAGGAAGUUUUCUUCAUUCUUUAAGAGGCUCGUCAUUGAGCUGGACAAAGAGUUAUAUGGGCCUGACAACCACCUGGUAGAGUGGCACCGGAUGCCCACCACCCAGGAGACUGAUGGCUUCCAGGUCAAACGGCCUGGAGACCUCAACGUCAAGUGCACCCUCCUGCUCAUGCUAGAUCAUCAGCCUCCCCAGUACAAGCUGGAACCCCGACUGGCAAGGCUGCUGGGGGUGCACACACAGACAAGGGCGGCCAUCAUGCAGGCUCUUUGGCUUUAUAUCAAACACAACCAACUGCAGGACGGGCACGAGCACGAGUACAUCAGUUGCAACCGUUACUUCCGCCAGAUCUUCAGUUGUGGCCGACUUUGUUUCUCUGAGAUUCCCAUGAAGCUGGCUGGGUUGCUGCAGCAUCCAGACCCCAUUGUCAUCAACCAUGUCAUUAACGUAGACCCUAAUGACCAGAAGAAGACAGCAUGUUACGACAUUGAUGUGGAGGUAGACGACCCACUCAAGGCCCAGAUGAGCAAUUUUCUGGCCUCUACCACCAGUCAGCAGGAGAUUGCCUCCCUCGAUGUCAAGAUCCAUGAGACCAUUGAGUCCAUCAACCAGCUGAAGACCCAGAGGGAUUUCAUGCUCAGCUUUAGCACGGACCCUCAGGACUUCAUCCAGGAAUGGUUCCAUUCUCAGCGCCGAGACCUCAAGAUCAUCACUGAUGUGAUUGGGAAUCCUGAGGAGGAGAGACGAGCUGCUUUCUACCACCAGCCCUGGGCCCAGGAAGCAGUGGGGAGGCACAUCUUUGCCAAGGUGCAGCAGCGAAGGCAAGAACUGGAACAGGUGCUGGGAAUCCGCUUGACCUAACCGCUCAGGGAACCCCUCCUCUGCCUGGAAGGGGACCACUCUCUGGGGCCACAGACACAUAGGCUAAGGAUGGGGUGACGGCUGUGUCCUAUUACCCUGUGCUCCCCAGCUAUAGUUUCAUAAAUGUAGUGAUAGGAUUCUUUGUUGCUUGGUCCCCAAAGCCUUAUACUUACUUCAUACUUUGGCUUUAAAUGGGUUCACCAGAGAUGCUUCCUCUGCUCCCUGCAGGCGGGCAGGCCCAAGUAGGUCCGCUGGAGGCUGUACUUUGAUAUUGGCAUGGA